GAAGCGUGUACUACACGUCUCCUCAGACCCAGUCACAGCUCGUUCAUCAUACCACUUCGUUUGACAGACAGCGUGUAACUCCGUUGACCGUCAUGUCCGAAUCCCUGCUUGAUAUGCGUCGGGCGGAUAAGGAGGCGAAGCGGGCUCACGACCACAAGGCGAAAUGGGCUUACGGUAGUCGACGUGCUCGUACUGUUCCUGACCCCCUCUCGUCCGCCCUUCCUCCCGCUCGCCCAGCGAUGCCGAUCACCCAUAGCAUGAACUUCACACGUGCCCUGCGGUUCGAUCGCGAGAGAGAGUCCAACCACCUGGCCAGCGAUGCGAAGAUUGCCCUUCGCGCCGAUGUCCGGGAGGCCCUCGAGAGUGGUCCGUCCGACUCUUCCGGUGAUGAUGUCGCCGCCCCGGGGUCAGUCACUCGAAUCCAAGAGGAGCUCGAGGACAAGGAUGGCUCCUUGCACGACUAUGACGUUUCGGGGCAGACUAUACUCUCAGACGCCGUGAGCAAGGCGGUUGAGAAGUUUGAGAUCAAGGAAACAGAGAAGAUUAUCAAGACGUAUGAGAUAAUCUCUCGCGAGAGCGAGACCGCUAUCGGUUAUCUGGCGGAUGAUGAUGACUUCGAACUGGUGGACCACGUCCAUCCUUGAAUCCUGGUCCUACACUCUCUUACUGUUUUUCUAGCGUGAUGAUCUUUCCGGAUUGGAGUUGGGAAUCGACAACGGGUGUGUAUUCUUUUGCGUUGAACUUUCGGUCGAUUGUAUCAUCAUCAUUCAUGCAUCAUGUCUCCGUGCUUGGUAUUCACUCCUCUUGAUGGGCGUGCUGGGGCAAGCCUGAGGUCUUUUUCUGGUUUUUAAUCAGCACAUUGUUAUUAUCAUCAGGCUCGGUCCUAGCUUAUUAGUUUAGUCUGGCUUUAGACAGUACAUUAGAGCACG